AUGGCUCACUCCAGACACUCACGACAUUACGACAGCGACACUUCGACCGACACGGAGGACACGACGCCAACCGAGUCGUCGGAUUCGUCUGAGGAGGAGGAGGAGGAGCGACCAAGACGACGGCGAAAGCGGCGACACUACGGGCAUGACGACGACAGGCGAGGGCUGAUACCGAAACGCUCUGCGCCGUCCUCUAACAACAACAUGCUCUGGCUUGGCGUCGGCCUCUUCGUUCUGCUUGCUGCUCUCGGUGUGGGAGCUUACUACUGGUGGACGCAUCGCGACGGUACUUCGUCGUCGUUUCUCGGCGGGACUGGCGCCUCGUCUGGCACAGGCGGGACGGGCGGGACAGGAUCAGGCUCGACAGACGACAGCAGCGGCAUUGGAGCAGGAGCAGGGUCUGCAGGUGUCGCGACAGGAGGAGCAGGUGGCGAUGCGACGGACACAGGAGGAGGAACCGACUCGCCAACAGCCGUCGCCUCUGGCAAUGCAGGCGCGACUGGUGGCGGCAGCUCUUCGUCUGGCGGAGCGGCGGCACCGUCAGGCUCAGGGAGUGCAACUGCCUCGGCGCCGGCGUCGAAUUCGACGGGCGCGACGACCGGCGGCAGCACUGGCGGCGGGAAAGGCCAGAUCUUGGGCUUCUGGGAGAACUGGAAGGGCAUGUCGAUCGCCGACACCAAGUUCUCGUCGUAUCAAAUCUGCGUCUGGUUCGUCGCCGUACCAGGGACUGCCGCUGAGAAAGGCGCUCUCACGAUGGGCGAAGGAGCGGUCAAGGCGAAGGACUGGGCGGCAGCGGCAACGAAGGCUGGGUGCAAGCCAGUAUUGUCCAUCGGCGGGUGGAGCGGCUCAAAUACGUUCAGCGGUCUCAUGGCGACGGAUACGAGUCGAAGUGACUUUGUUAACACGAUCAGCGCCGCGCUGGACGCGAACGGGUUCGUCGGCGCGGACCUCGACUGGGAGUAUCCGGGCAAGGCUGGCGCGACAAACGACUUCGACACCAAGAACGACUUGAACAAUUUCCUGACCUUCCUCAAGGCACUGCGUGCAAAAUUGGGCAAAGACAAGCUCAUCAGCGCCGAUACAUCAGCCGGCGUGUGGGUGGGAUCGGACGGCCAGCCUAGCAAGGACUUGAGCGCUUUCGCCGCCGUCCUCGACUUUAUCACUAUCAUGACCUAUGACUCGGUAACCUAUUCGGCGAAGGUGACAGGACCCAACUUCGCCCUCGACUCUUCCUGCGCCCCAACGAGCAACCAGUUUGCCAUUCCGAGCACGGUUAAGGCCUGGAUAGACGCCAAGUUCCCGGCGAAUAAGAUCAUGCUCGGUCUCGCUUCGUACGGCUAUGCAUGGAAGGUCGCCAACUUCCAGGCGAACGGUGUGAGCGGUGCCAAGUCCCCGAUCUACCAGGAAGCGUCCGGCACGCUGAGCGCUACAGAUGGGUCGGUAGACUACGAUAUCAACGUUUCGAAGGCGAGCAUCCUCUCGUAUCACACGCGUAGAGCACGACAAGCUUACUUCCCGUCUGGCGUACCGCAGAACAUUCCUUCGAUGCAGCGGACGUUCGACAAGUGCACUUCGACGCCGUUCCUUUACUCGAAGGAUACGCAGCUUUUCAUCGCUUAUGACGACGAGGAGAGCAUUGCCGCGAAGGGCGGUUACGCCGGCACGAACGGCUUGAUGGGCUGUUCUAUCUAUGCCGGCAUGACGCAGAACAAGGACGGGAAGCUGGCGGCAGCGGCAAAGAAAGUCUGCUGA